AUGGACGUGGUGUCGGAAUCCAGCCGAAAGCGUGGCCGCGAUGGCGACGGAGAGAUGGAAAGCAUCUCGAUGGGCUUGGAAGAGCAUCGUAGCAAACGAAUCCAAUGCCUUCCUCUCCGAACAUCGCCAAAGUCGUCCCAGCAGUGGCACUCUUCACCCCUCAGCUCUGACUCUGAUGGUCAGGUCUCACAGCCCAACUUUGCCUCUUGGCCACACCAAUCUGCCGUAAACUCCCAUCCUUACAGUGGCGGGGAACCAAACAUGGUGAUGAGCUCUGGUCGGAUGCCCACGCCAAUCCAGCCAAACUUUGCUGCACAUGGGCGUGGCCAGCAGAACGAGUGGGCAGGUCCUGGUCCUGUUGUGACGACGCUUAAUGGGGUCAUUAACCUGGGCCAUCAUCCCGCUGGUUUCUCGGACGACCAGUCAGUACCUCGUAUCAUGUCGGGCCUGGAAGACUGGCAAGCUGUGCAAAAUCACCGAAGGCUGCCUUCGCCGAUUUCAGAAGUAGAAGACUGCGUACAAGAUCAAGACGUCGGUGAUGCUGGCAUGAUGAUUGAUGACAACAUGGGCGUAGUCAUGGACGCGAGCGCAGGGUUACCACCUUCGCCAACCCGUGCGAUGGACCACCCUAAUAAUAUGAUGGACAUUGAGUCGCCGCCACAUUCGCGUGCGGUUGACUUGGACGGCGACGUCCCUUCGCCCAGCCCUGGCCGGAGAGGCCAUAUGCGGAGCAAGCAUACGAUUGACAGUUGGACGUGGCAGCCUGGGAUGAAGAAGAGUUUCAGCAUUGGGUACCGAGCCGAUUGUGAAAAGUGCAGGCUGAAAGUUCCUGGGCACUUUAAUCACAUCGUCAUCUCAUAG